GUGACACUAUAUCCGUCAGUACGGUCGGUAGUAGUUUUUUGGUUGCAGUUUAUUUACAGUAGUGUAGCUCAUUCAUUUCGCACAAAUGGACUUAUGCAUUGUGUCCGCGUUGUGGUGCUUUAUACCGCUUUAUUUACUCAUUCACUUCAUGUUUUUCAUUUUCGCGGAUGCAGACUUCACUCUGUUGUGGGCUAGUGUGAUAGGACAAAGGCCAGAGACCAAGCUGAAAGGACUGGUGGUGUGGGUCACCGGAGCGUCCUCUGGCAUCGGAGAGGAGCUGGCCUACCAGUUGGCAAAGUGUGGGUCACGUCUCAUCUUGUCUGCUCGACGUGAGGAUGAGCUAAAUAGGGUGAAACGUCAGUGUUUAGAUAACUCCAGCCUCCAGGAUGAAGAUAUUCUUGUUCUUCCACUUGAUUUGUUAAAGAGGAAAUCACAUGAGGAAAAAACAAAAGCAGCAAUCCAAUACUUUGGACAUAUUGAUAUCCUAAUUAACAAUGGUGGCCGGAGCCAGCGCUCUCUGUGCUUGGAGACCAGCGUUGAUGUGUACCAGGCUUUGAUGGAGCUCAACUUCCUGGGUACGGUCUCCAUCACCAAGCAGGUGCUGCCUCACAUGACGCAGCGAGGAACUGGGAGCAUUGUGGCUGUCAGCAGCGUGGUUGGCCUCGCCGGGGCGCCCCUGGCAACAGGAUACUCUGCCAGCAAACAUGCUCUUCAGGGUUUCUUUAAUUCCCUUCGAACUGAGCUGACUGACUAUCCAAACAUCCUCAUCAGCACAGUGUGUCCAGGGCCUGUGCAGUCACAGAUUGUCCACAAUGCCUUCACAGAGGAGCUGAACAAGCCUGUAGCCACAGCUGGUAACCAGGAACACAAGAUGCCAACAAGUCGCUGUGUGCGUUUAAUGCUGGUGGGAAUUGCCAAUGGUGUCAAGGAAAUGUGGAUCGCACAGCAGCCCUUCCUCCUGUUCUACUACGCCUGGCAGUACACUCCCACUUUUGCCUGGUUCAUCACCAACGUGUUAGGCAGGAAAAGGGUGCAGAAUUUCAAAGCUGGUCUGGAUGCAGACUCUGCAUACUUCACUAAAACCAAGACCUCCUGAAAGUCUCAUCCUGGAGAGCAACAUGUUUCAGGGUUUUUGCCUUUGUUUAGAAGUAAAACAUUGCCACGAAAGCUGCCUGAGGCAUGGUAGUGUCUGACAAACAUGAGUAUAUUUUCACAAUGUUACUGUUAUUUUGUAACAAGCAUCUUCAGAUUAUGUGAACUUCUGGUACAGAGCCUACAUGAAUUUAUAACGUGAGGGCUAACAACAUGUAAGAAUGAUGAAGCACUUGCACUAACAUUUUGAUGGCUAAUAAAAUUCAGUUUGGAUCA